AUGGAUUUACCUCGUCGCUCAAAGCGCCUCGCUAGGAAAGAUCCUGUCAUUGAGACCGCAUCGUCUUGGGACAUACCCGUUCCAGCCCCGCGCCUCCAGCAAAUACCGCACCAACUAUCCGGCCCAUCCUCAGCACCGGGCAAGCAUACGCAGCAGUUAGUGGAGCAGAGGUAUCAAGAAAAGGAUGAACUGGCCACUUGUCCCUCAAUCACCCAAACCACUCAAAACAUAGGGUGGAGCUUAUUGCAGCGCGUCGCUGGCUUCCAGCACGCUGAUCAAGUCGAGGCAACGGUUCUAUCGCCAAUUUCAGUCCUCAUAGCCGUCGCUAUGCUAGCUGGGGCAGCAGACUACCAUCGCCGAUCACAAUUACAGCAGAAGCUCGGCGUAGCUGGAGGUUUGGAGGCCCAUCUUUCAGCUCUAUACGCAGACCUAGCACCUCUAGCUAAACAGGAUAUCAUAUCACUGGCCAACGCUGUCUUUGUCGACCAAUCGGUCGAAAUUGCGACCAAAUACAAGAAGUAUCUAGAGGCAUUCCAAGCUCAGUCGUGGCAAUUUCUAUCCCUUGCCGAUUCGGUAAAGGAUAUUAAUUCCUGGAUAUCCCAAAACACGCUAGGCCGAAUCACAGAUUUGCUUAGCUCGCGCGCCUUGCGCAAAUGCCAUGUCGUUCUUGCAAACGCUACAGCUUUUAGAGGUACAUGGAAAACCAAGUUCAAGCGGGAGAACACAGUUUUAGAGCAUCCCUUCCACCUAGAGAAUGGGAGCAUCCGAGCAGCAGAGAUGAUGUUUCUUUAUAAGGAGUAUGUUGAAACAGCGUCCAGCAGCAAUUAUACCGCUGUCCGAGUUCCGUAUGCCACGGAAUCAGACUCUUCACCGGCGGCCUUGGUCGCAUGGCUUCCCAAUCCUGGAAUUACAAUAAGGGCACUCCUGGAGCAGUUAUCCACGACCCAGUCAGAAGGUCCUUCGUUCCGGAGGAGGAAAUUGACUAAAUUUGGGUUUCCCAAGUUCGAAACCAGAAGCAAUGUCUCGUUGAUGGAUGAGCUGGCAGGUCUUGGGUUCCCAAUCAAAGGCAACUAUCCUGAAAUGGGGUCGGGACCCACGGAGGUCACGGCCAUCAGCCAUGAGGCCUCCAUCAAGGUUGACGAGGAAGGGGCUGAAGCAGCAGCGGCGACUGUCGUCAUGGUGGCCCGGAAGCGCUCUACGGUGAUCAACGAGGAGGUCCUGGUAUUCGACAGACCGUUCCUGUACAUAAUAGAGGCUGGAGAAAAUCGGCACGUAAUUAUGUGCGGUGUAUUCUCUGUUCCAGGAUGA